AUUUGUGGCAGGCCGAUGGACCAAUUGGAAGAUUCUAAAAUGGAGCAUAUGAGUGGAUGUGAGAGCUUCUUCUGUGAAACAAAAGCUGGGAACUAUGUGCCUAGAACCCUCUUCAUGGACCUGGAACCAACCGUUGUAGAUCGGAUCCGUACAGGGAAGUACCGCUCACUCUUCCACCCAGAGCAGCUCGUUAGUGGAAAGGAGGAUGCUGCAAACAACUAUGCCCGAGGCCACCACUCCAUGGGGCCAGAGAUCAUCGACAUUGUGUUAGAGAAGAUCCGGAAGCUGGUAGAACAGUGCACUGGACUUCAAGGAUUUUUGAUUUUCCGAAGCUUUGGAGGAGGCACUGGGUCAGGAUUUACAUCUCUCUUAAUGGAGCGACUCUCGAUAGAAUAUAACAGGAAGACUAAAUUGGAGUUCUCAGUCUACCCAGCCCCCCGGAUCUCCACUGCUAUAGUUGAGCCUUACAACUCCAUCCUCACCACGCAUUCUACCAUCGAGCACUCAGACUGCUCCUUCAUAGUGGACAAUGAGGCCAUCUAUGACAUCUGCCAGCGUAAGCUUGGUGUGGAAUGCCCUUCUUAUGCCAAUAUUAAUAGGCUCAUCAGUCAGGUGGUAUCUUCCAUUACUGCUUCCCUGCGGUUUAAAGGAUCCUUGAAUGUGGACCUAAUUGAAUUCCAGACCAACCUAGUACCUUACCCAAGAAUACAUUUCCCCAUGACAACCUAUGCGCCCAUCAGCUCUGCUGAGAAAGUGUACCACGAGCAGUUCUCUGUGCCAGAUAUCACUGCUGCUUGCUUUGAGUCCUCCAACCAGCUGGUCAAAUGUGACCCUCAGCUUGGUAAGUACAUGGCCUGCUGCCUGUUGUACCGGGGAGAUGUGGUUCCAAAGGAUGUAAAUGCUGCCAUUGCAGCCCUGAAGUCAAGGAACUCUAUCCAGUUUGUAGAUUGGUGUCCAACUGGCUUCAAGGUGGGCAUCAGCCAUCAGCCUCCCACUGUGGUACCAGGAGGGGACCUGGCCAGGGUCCAGCAGGCUGUCUGUAUGCUGAGCAACACCACGGCAAUUGCAGAGGCCUGGGCCCGCCUGGACCACAAAUUUGAUCUCAUGUAUGCAAAGCGGGCCUUUGUGCAUUGGUACAUUAAAGAAGGUAUGGAUGAAGGGGAAUUCAUAGAGGCCAGGGAAGAUUUGGCAGCCCUGGAGAAGGACUAUGAGGAAGUCGGGCAAAGUUUUUGA